UGUGCCUCUCUUUGCCUGACAGCCAGGAGGGUGGGGGCAUGGCCUGAGGUCCUGGGCCAGGUCUGUUCUCUCCACGCCUGUCUGUACCCUGUGCCCCUUUUCUACUUUUAGAGCCAGCUGAUUUGGUAUCCAGGACGGGCGGGCAGGUGGGGCAUAGGCUGGCUCACACUGCUCCAUUGCCCCCACCAACUGACCUUUCCUCCCUAUGGAUCCCACCUGCAGAUACAACUGCCCCUCCAGGGUAGGCGUGGUGGCUCAUGCUGUAAUCCCAGUGCUUUGGGAGGCUGAGGCAGGAGGAUCACUUGAGCUCAAGAGUUCGAGACCAGCCUGGGCAACACGGCAAGACCUCAUCCCUACAAAAAAAAAAAAAAAUUAGCUGGGCGUGGUGAUGUGUGCCUGUAGUACCAGCUACUCAGGAGACUGAGGUGGGAGGAUGGCUUGAGCCUGGCAGGCAGAGGUUGCAGUGAGCCAAGACUGUGACACUGCACUCCAGCCUGGGUGACAGGGCCAGAACUUGUCUCAGACAAAAAUUGCUCCUCUGGCCUGGCCAGUACCCAGGACCCCUAAUGUGAUGGGAGAGGACUCCCAUUGGGACAGACUUGGGAGGCUUAGGGAGGCAGGGGAACUGACAACCUGGCUGAGCCCUAAAGGAGAAUGGUUGUGGGGAAGGGAACUCCAGGUGGAGGUCUCCUUCUGAGCAAAUGGCAUGUGCUUUGUUCGGUACUCUGUGCACAUGGGCAAGGUGGGCAGUGCCCAUAACAAAGGGUCUCAAGUGCCAAGUGAGGGUCCUGGGCCUCUCCAGUGCACAGGGGGAGCCAAGGAGGGACUGGUCAGCUGGGAAGAGGGAUGGGGCAGUGGUGAAGCUGGAACCAGAUGCUGAGGAUCUCUGAUGGGGGACUGAGAGCCCCAGGCCCCGAGUCACUGUGUAGUCACACACACUUUGGCUUCACCCAUCCUUGUUACCACCUCAGGGACAGGCUGAGGCAGGAGAAUCGCUUGAACACAGGAGGCAGAAGUUUCGAUGAGCCUAGAUUGUGCCAUUGCACUCCAGCCUGGGCAACAAGAGUGAAACUACAUCUCAAAAAAAAAAACCAAAAAACACAAACCGUCUAACAGCACUCACUUAGGACCCCUGUCCUUGACUCCAGCCCAUUUCUCCUCACUUGGAGGACAUCAAAGAGGCUGUGGCAUUUUCGGGGUCCAUCCAAGGGAAAGGUCCCAGGUUGGGUAUUUUUAGUAGAGACAGGAUUUCACCAUAUUGACCAGGCUGGUCUCAAACUCCUGACCUUGUGAUCUGCCCACCUUGGUCUCCUAAAGUGCUGGAAUUACAGGCAUGAGCCACUGCACCUGGCCUAUUUUAAAACUUACUAUUUUUUAAAUAUACAGCAAAAAUACAAUCAGGAGAUUUUUUUUUUUUUUUUUGAGACGGAGUUUCGCUCUUGUUACCCAGGCUGGAGUGCAAUGGCGCCAUCUUGGCUCACCACAACCUCCGCCUCCUGGGUUCAGGCAAUUCUCCUGCCUCAGCCUCCUGAGUAGCUGGGACUACAGGCACGCGCCACCAUGCCCAGCUAAUGUUUUGUAUUUUCAGUAGAGACGAGGUUUCACCAAGUUGACCAGGAUGGUCUUGAUCUCUUGACCUCGUGAUCCACCGCCUCGGCCUCCCAAAGUGCUGGGAUUACCCAGGCUUGAGCCACCGCGCCCAGCCGAGAUUUUUUUUUUUUAAGAGGUCAAUCUCUACUAAAAGAAAAACAAAAAAUAAAAAUCAGCCAGGAGUGGUGGCAUGUGUCUAUAAUUCCAGCUACUUGGGAGGCUGACAGAGGCAGGAGAAUCAUUUGAACCUGGGAGGCAGAGGUUACAGUGAACUGAGACUGAGCCACUGCACUCCAGCCUGGGUGACAGAGUGAGACUCCUGUCUCAAAAAAAAAAAGACAGGGUCUCACUAUGUUGUCCAUACUGAUCUCAAACUCCUGGACUCAAGUGACUCACUUCGGCCUCCCAAAGUUCUGGGAUUGUAGGCAUAAGCCAGUGCACCUGGCUGAAAAAGAUUUUGACUGCAAGUAUCCAUCAGAAAACCCAGGCGUUGGAAUUAUUAAUCAAAAACAAUAAAUCAGCUGUCUUAGUAUGUUCAGUGAACUAAGGGAAGCCAUAGACAAAGAACUAAAGGAAAUUAGGAAAAUUAUGUCUGAACAAAAAGAAUAUUAAUAAAGGAAUAAUUUUAAAGGGACCAAAUUCUGAACCUGAAAAUAUAGUAACUGAAAUGAAAAUUUUACUAGAGGAAAUUCAGCAGCAGAUUGGAGCAGGCAGAAAGAAUAAAGGAUCAGGGAACUUGAUAACUGAGGCCAGGCACCGCAGCUCACACCUGUAAUCCCAGCACUUUGGAAGUUGUGGGCAGAUCACCUGAGGUCAGGAGUUUGGAACCAGCCUGGCCAACAUUGUAAAACCCCAUCUCUACUAAAAAUACAAAAAUGAGCUGGUGUGGUGGUGCGCUCCCAUAGUCCCAGCUACUCAGGAAGCUGAGGCAGGCGAAUCUCUUGAACCCAGGAGGCAGAGACUACAAUAAGCCAAGAUCGAGCCAUUACACUCCAGCCUGGGUGACAGAGCAAGACUCUCCAAAAAAGUAACUAAGGACCCGCCAGCAUGGGCCACGAUCACACCAAAACCGUGAAGAAGGUGGCCCGGGUCAUCAUAGAAAAGUGCUACAUGUGCCUGGGCAACGACUUCCAUACGAACAAGCGCAUGUGUGAGGAGAUCGCCAUUAUCCCUAGCAAGAAGCUUUGCAACAAGAUGGCAGGCUAUGUCAUGCAUCUGAUGAAGCGGAUUCAGAGAGGCCCAGUAAGAGGUAUCUCCAUCAAGCUGCAGGAGGAGGAGAGAGAAAGGAAAGACAAUAGCGUUCCUGAGGUCUCAGCCCUGGAUCAGGAGAUCAUUGAAGUAGAUCCUGACACUAAGGAAAUGCUGAAGCUUUUGGAUUUUGGCAGUCUGUCCAACCUGCAGGUCGCUCAGCCUACAACUGGGAUGAAUUCCAAAACGCCUUAGGGACCUGUUUGAAUCUUUUCUGCAAUGCUGUAUUAUUUUCAAUAAACUUAGGAAAACA